AUGACGGCCAACGCCCCCACACCCGCCAACCUCCCCCAACCCCCGCUUCCCACCCAACCACCAUCCCAGUCCUCCCCGGUCGAUAUCGUUCUCACGCACGCUACCUGCGACUUCGAUUCUCUCGCCGCGGCCGUGGGCCUCGCCCGUUUGCGCGGCCCCCAUUGCCGUGUCGUCAUUCCCGCCGGCGUGCACUCCGCCGUGCGCCGCUAUCUCUCCCUCCACAAGAGCUUUUUCCCCAUCGCAGAUUCCAAGCUCGUGGACCCGCACGUCCUCCGCUGGGUCGCCGUCGUCGACACCCGCUCGCGCAAAAGGCUCGGCACCGCCUCGGAAUGGCUCAAGCACGCAGACGAGGUCCUCGUGCUUGACCACCAUGCACCCCCCAGCGAGAGCGAUAUUCGCGACGAGGAUGUCGGAGGUUCGUUGGAGUAUGUCAUUGACGACGUCGGCGCCGCAAGCACUUUAGUCGUCGAGAGACUCAUGAAGCGACCGGACAUUCACCUCUCACGCGCUGAGGCGACUUUGCUCGCCCUUGCUAUUCACACGGAUACCGGCUCGCUCUCCUUCGAGAACACCACCCCCCGCGACGCCGCCGCUUUGGCAUGGCUUUUGGCGCAACGCGCGUGCCAGCGUUCCAUCUCGCAGUUUGCCCGCAACUACCUCACCACUCAACAGCAGCGCCUUCUUUCGCACGCGUUGGACAGUAUGGAGGUCAAAGUCGUCAACGGGCUCAGCGUCGCUUCUAUCGUCCUCGAAACCCCUGCUUUCGUCAAGGGAAUGGCCGCCGUGGCACAAUCCGCCUUGGAAUUAGCGGAUAUUGACGCGCUUGUUUUGGCCAGCGUAUCUCCCAGCGGCAGGAGAAAAGCGCAACCCAAGCCUCAGGAGAACAGUACGAAGCAGGUCUCCAUCAUCGGACGUGCGCGAUCUCGAGUUGAUGGCGUUGAUUUUAGCACGCUAUUCCAACCAUACGGAGGUGGGGGACAUGCCAAGGCCGCGUCAGCUUCUCUGAAGAUGUCGGACGUGUCGCAAGUCACAGCGUUGGUGGAAGACCUUGUUGGGCGCAUCUUUGACCAGUUGCCCCCACCCGUGCUUGCCAGGGACUUCAUGUCGACUAACAUUGUCAGUGUGACGCCGAUGCAGACAAUGGGGGAGGCGAGCGCUGUUCUGUUCGAGUCAGGACACACAGGGCUUGCGGUCGUUCGAUCGCAGGAUAAUGGGGAUCUUGUGGGCGUGAUUUCGAGACAGGAUAUCGCGCUGUCGGAGAAGAGAAAGCUCUUGCAUACGCCAGUCAAGGGAUGGCUGGCAAGGAAGGUCAUUUCGGUUUCCCCGAUCACACCGCUGCAUGAGAUUGAGUCUAAAUUGGUAGACAACAAUAUCGGCAGGCUUCCGGUUAUAGACGAAGGCAAAGUUGUUGGCAUUAUCACUCGAAGUGAUGUUUUAAUACAACGGCACCUUUGCAGUCCCUUCGCUUAACAGAAUAACGGUGGGCGAUCUGUACAAUAAGCAAGACGUUUGUUCUUUUGCUCUUCCAUGUUAACAUUCGAGCAAUCAGGAGCAGCUUUCGUGUUGUACAUUUCGAGCUACCAGCAGGGGCUGGUCCCUUCUGGGCUGAACAUAGUAUUCAUUCCUCACUCAUAACACUUAAUACUUUUUCCACAUGUACUGCUAAUAUACCCUACAAAACACUAGAAGCUUGAGCUUCCCAACUUUACCAAGCAAUGGGAUCGUAGAUAAAGUCCAUAGCUUAGCCCAUAUGAGAGUUUGGAAAUGCUAACUUGGUUUAAUGUCAUGGUCUGUAAUGCUCAUAAAUAGUAAACAGCCGCCUGGGCGCAAAAAAAGUCUUGCGAGGUG